AUGUUCGGUCGUUUGUUAGGUCGUACCGCUUCCCCUCCAAGGGCUAUUGGAGCUCCUCUUUCUCGCACAACUACUACUACAUCAGGUGGAGAGGAUUCAACUACGUCUGCCGAGCGAGAUGCUAGGGAUAAGGAAAUCGUCGAGGCUGCUGUCGAGGAGGCUGUCAAGAAGGCCUUGAACUCGGAUGUAUUUUCAAAUGCCAUCGCUACCUCUUUGGUCUCGCAGAUCAAACCAGCCUUCGAAUCAUCUAUCAGUUCUAUUCCUACCGCCAUUCAAAAUGUUUCCCUGAAUGUUGAUGCUGUCGAUACAAAACUCGCUGCCACAGCUACCAAGCUUUCCCAACAAAUCGAUGCUAGCAAUGCAGAGACUGCAAGCAAAUUAGCUGCCAUCGAGGAAGCUAUUGCUAAGAUUACAUCUUCAUUGGAGGGAUUGAGUGAGAAGUCUUCUUCUCCUCAAGAUACAUCGGUUUUGGAAUCACACACUUCAAAGUUGGAUGGAAUCGCUACAGACGUUGCUGCUCUUAAGAGUGCUACAAAUGAGGAGGCUUUCAAUGCCAUCACAUCCGACCUUGCUAUUAUCAAGAGUGAUGUUGCCGCCAUCAAGGAAUCUGAUUCAAGUGCUACCUCCAAGGAUAUUCUCUCCGCUGUUAACUCUUCCAACGAAUCACAUGCUUCCCAUGCUGCGGUUUUGAACGAAAUCAAGUCUGCCGCUGAAGGACAUGCUUCAACUCUUGGAGAGAUUAAAUCUACUCCUGCUUCUGCCCCAACUGAUAUUUCUGGCCUCGAGAACUCCAUCAAGGAUAUUGCUACCUCCGUUGAGGAAAUCAAGUCCGCACCUGCACCAUCUACUGUCGAUAUCUCUGGCCUUGAAUCAUCUGUUAAGGAAAUUCUCUCUACUUUGGGUGAGGUUAAGGAAACUGUUUCUGCUCCAGCUGCCGCUGUUGAGAAGACUGAUAUUUCUGGAUUGGAAGCUUCCGUCAAGGAGAUCUCUGCUACCGUCAAUGAAAUCAAAUCUACCCCAGCUCCAGCUCACGAAACCAUUGACCUCUCUCCAAUCGAUGCUCAACUUAAAGAAGUUGCUUCUAACGUUGCAUCUAUCAAGGAAUCUACCUCUACACCAGCUGCUACCCCUGAACCAACUGAUAUCUCUGGCUUGGAAUCUUCUGUCAAGGAAAUCAUCGCUACUCUCCAAGAUAUCAAGACUUCUACUGGUGCAGCUCCUAAGGAAGUUGAUUUCUCUCCAAUCACAUCUACCCUCGAAUCCCACAAGAGCACUCUUGAGGAGAUCAAGUCUUCCGCUUCUGGACCCGUCGACCUUUCUUCCCUUGAAUCCGCCGUUGCUGAAAUCAAGGCAGCUCUCGAAUCUCAUUCCGGUACUCUCAACGAAAUCAAGUCAGUUCCAGCACCAGAAAAGACUGAUCUCUCUACCAUUGAGAGCUCCGUUAACGAGAUUAAGAACAUUGUUGAGGAAAUUAAGGCCAAGGAAACCCCAUCUGCUGAGAAGGUUGAUUUGAGCAAUGUUGAGUCCUCAAUUGAAUCCAUCAAGGCAUCCGUUGAGGAAAUUAAGACCAAGGAAUAUCCAGCUGCCGAGAAGGUUGAUUUAAGCAAUGUUGAAUCAUCUAUCGAGUCUGUCAAGGCAAUUGUUGAGGAAAUCAAGACUAAGGAGACCCCAGCUACCGAAAAGGUUGAUUUGAGCCAAAUCGAGUCAUCGAUCGAAUCCGUCAAGGCAUCUGUCGAGGAGAUCAAGACUAAGGAGACCCCAGCUGCCGAAAAGAUCGAUUUGAGCGCUAUUGAGGCAUCAAUUGCCUCUAUCAAGAGCACGGUUGAUGAGAUCAAGGCUAAAGAAUCACCAGUUCCAGAAUCAGUUGAUUUGAGCAAGAUUGAAUCUUCCAUCGAGUCCGUCAAGUCCAUCGUUGAAGAAAUCAAGGCCAAGGAGGCUCCAGUCCACGAAAAGAUUGAUCUAAGUGUAAUUGAGGCAUCCAUUGCUUCAGUUAAGAGUACUGUGGAUGAAAUCAAGGCUACUCCAGCUCAAGAACAAAAGGCAGUCGAUCUUUCCAACAUUGAGUCUUCCAUUGCAGCUGUUAAGGCCACAGUGGAUGAGAUUAAGGCUACACCAGCUCCAACUCAUGAAGCUACUGACCUUUCUAACAUUGAAUCAUCUAUUGCUGCCGUCAAAUCAUCCGUCGAUGAAAUCAAGGCUACUCCAGCACCAGAGAAGAUUGAUCUCAGCUCAAUUGAAUCAUCUAUUUCUGAAAUUAAGGCAGCUAUUGAAGAAGUCAAGGCAUCACCUGCACCAGAAAAGAUCGAUCUUUCCAACAUCGAAUCCUCCAUCGCUUCUGUCAAGACUACUGUUGAUGAAAUUAAAUCUACCCCAGCUCCAUCUUUCAAGGAAACUGACAUCACUGGUCUUGAAUCUUCCGUCAAAGAAAUCAUCACAAGCAUCUCUGCUCAAGAUGGUGUCUUGACUGAAAUUAAGACUACGACUGAGAAAUUCGAUACCAAGGAAGUUUUGACCAUGGUUGAGUUGAUUACUCAAGAGGGUGUUUUCUUGAAUGAGAAGGGACUUGGUCAAAUCAAGGACAAUGUUAAGACUAUUGAGUUGAAGUCACCAGCUACACCAACAUCACCAACAACUCCAACUUCUCCAACAUCUCCAGGAUCUCCAUCAUCUUCGACAUCCCCAUCAAAGUCUACCCUUAAGAAGAAGAAGAGAAAGGCUGCUGCUGCUGCGGCCGCUGCGGCCGCAUCAGGAAAUGCUACUCCUGAGGCUAAGUCUGAAGCCGAGAACGAACAAGCGGCCUAA